AUGUGGACUUUCAAGGUAAGUCCGGUAUCGUUUUUUAGGUUCAAGUCUAGUAUAACAGCUUCGAGGACCUGUUCUCUUUCGGGCAAUAGAUCAAUCCUUUCAAAGAAGCCGAUUCGGGACAUCCAUCCUAAACAACCAGCUAGAACAAGGUUUGCCCCUUCGCCGACAGGAAAGCUGCAUUUGGGCUCUUUAAGAACCGCGCUUUACAAUUUUCUACUUGCUAAGAGCACAGGAGGACAGUUUCUUCUGAGACUGGAAGAUACAGAUCAAAAAAGACUAGUCCCUGGCGCAGAAAAGAACAUCUACGACUCGCUGAGUUGGUGUGGGAUUUCGUAUGAUGAAGGUCCAGGCGUUAAUGAAGCAGAACAUGGGCCAUUUAGACAAAGUGACCGAACAGCGAUAUAUCAAAAGUACAUCGCAAGACUGUUGUCAUCAGGGCACGCAUACCGGUGUUUUUGCUCCAAGGAGAGACUUGACGGACUUCGGGAAAGUGCACAAAACUUGAUGCCUCCUACGACGGUCAGCUACGACAGAAAUUGUGCUCAUAUUUCGGAGAAUGACAUUCAAGAGAGAUUGAAGCGGGGAACACCAUAUACCAUAAGACUAAAGUCUCCCGAAACAUACCCUGGCUUUACCGAUUUGUUACACGGCUCUUUGAAUAUGCAACCACAGGUCAAUGCCAUCGACAAACGUUUUGAUGAUCCGAUCUUAGUAAAAUCAGACUCCUUGCCUACAUACCAUUUUGCUAAUGUUGUGGACGAUCAUUUGAUGGAAAUCACCCAUGUUGUGAGAGGAGAAGAAUGGCUUCCAUCCACCCCUAAACACAUAGCUCUUUAUGAAGCUUUUGGUUGGGCGCCGCCAGAAUUCAUCCACAUUCCACUUCUAACAUCCACCAGUGAUAAAAAGCUGAGCAAAAGAAAGGGCGAUGCCGAUGUUAUGACAUUAAGAGAGAAAGGAGUGCUUCCUGAGGCUCUUAUCAACUUUAGCGCAUUGUUUGGGUGGUCGCCCCCCCGGGAAGAAGCUGCCAAAAACCACGAAUGUUUUAGGAUGCAAGAUUUAAUCAGACUCUUCAAUUUGAAUAACCUGACCAAAGGAAAUGCCAAAGUUGAUGAAAAGAAACUCUGGUUUUUCAAUAAACAAUACCUGUCCCAAAGACUGCAGGAUCCUGUGCAGGCAGACAUAAUUGCAUCAGAUCUGCUGCAAGAACUUCAUCCAUCGUUUCCCGAUCUUAAACUUUGCAGACUAAAGCAGAUCCUUAACCUGGUAGGUAGCUCUUUGACUACUGUGAAAGAUCUCCAAGCUAAUUUCCACUAUCUUCUUUCUAAACCUCAAUUUGAAAAUAAUCAAUUUGUCAGAGACUUUAUACAGAAGCAAGAUCUGCGUCAAGUCCAAAGCGUACUACAGCAACUACAAGGUCAAGUUACUGAGCAUUCUGAUUUGCUGGAAUUAAUUGAUCGGAUAGCUCAGAAUGCGGGCAUACGCAAAAAUGUUGUUUUUGAAGCCGCGCGUUUUGCAUUGGCAGCCUCGAUCCCUGGAGUUAAACUUCCAUUACUAGUAGACUUCCUUGGCGCUGAAGAAACCAAUACAAGAGUUGAGGAAGCACUGGAUCGCUUGGAGUUAUCUUUAUCUACUGGGACCUGA